AUGGUCUAUAUUCCACUCUCUCUAAACUUUGGAUGGCAUUCCGAGGCGCUCCCUUUUAUUGAAGGAAGCGCGAAACUCGCGCCACUAGUUGCAAUCCAUCCGGGGUCGUCUUUGGGUGUGUCACUCACAAAUCGAUACUUGGACGGCUCUCCGAGGCUUUCAUUCAUUGAGGAAUGCAUCAGACUUAGGCGCCAGCUAGUCUCUGUUCAUCCAGGGUCAUACAUACUAGAUUCGACUGCAUCGCUCGAUAAGCUGUCUUCACCCUUGACACACUCGGACGGCUCUCCGAAGCGCUCUCGUUUAUUGAAUGGGUCAAGCUCCGGCGCGAGCUUGUUACAGUCCGACGCUCCGAAGCGCUCUCAUUUAAGUUGUCAAACUCCGGCGCCAGCUAGCCACAGUUCAUCCAGGAUCACACACACGAUAUUUGGUUAUCUCACUCAUCAAACUCUCUGGCGCCCUCUCCAAACUUGGACGGCACACAGAAGCACGUUCGUUGGAGACAGCGUCAGCCAGUCGCCGCUUGUCUGGCAUCAUAUACAGACGAUUGAGGAAAGCGUCGAGCUCUGGCGCCAACUUGUUGUACUUGGUCUUGAGUUGUAUACACCGAAACUGGCACGAUCCCUCUACAACUUACACUCCGCUCUCUCCGAUCUCGAAUGGGAUUCCGAGGCACUCCCGUAUAUUGAAGAGUGCGUCGGACUUUAUCGCCAGCUGGAUGCUGCUCGUCCGGGAUCAUUAUAUUUGGACAUAUCACUUGACGGUCUACGCGACACCCUGUCCAAUCUCGGACGCGAUUCCAAAGCAUCGAUGGUCGGUCGUUGA